GCCCAGCGGGCGCGCGCGCCGCUGGCCCCCGUCCCAUGGCUCCGCCCCGGCAUGACGCCGAGCGAGCCCCGGGCCUCUUUUCCUGUCGGAGGCGAAGCCCGGCCCGGCCUCCCCUUUAAGGGCCUGACGCCGUUACUAGGGCGGCCGGAGAGGCGCGGAAACUGAACCGGCUCUGCGGCCAGAGCGACAGGGCCCGGCAGCUCCCGCCGCCCGCCAUGGCCGCCGCCGCCCUGGAGGAUCCAUCUCUGGAGAAACACUUUAAAGGCCAUCGAGAUGCCAUCACUAGUGUGGAUUUCAGUCUCAAUAAGAAGCAAUUGGCAAGUGGCUCUAUGGAUUCGUGCUUGAUGAUCUGGAGUAUGAGACCCCAAAUGAGAGCCUAUCGCUUUGUGGGUCACAAAGAUGCAGUGAUGUGUGUUCAGUUUUCGCCUUCUGGCCAUCUGGUGGCCUCGGGCUCCAAAGACAAAACUGUCCGUUUAUGGGUUCCAAAUGUCAAAGGAGAAUCUACUGUGUUCAAGGCUCAUACGGCAACUGUAAGAAGCGUUCAGUUCUCCAGUGAUGGACAAUCCUUGGUUACAGCUUCUGAUGACAAAACAGUCAAAGUAUGGACAGUUCACAGACAGAAAUUUCUCUUUUCCUUGAGCCAGCACAUAAACUGGGUUCGCUGUGCCAAAUUUUCUCCUGAUGGAAGACUAAUAGCUUCUGCCAGCGAUGAUAAAACUAUCAAACUAUGGGAUAAAACCAGCAGAGAAUGUAUACAUUCUUUUUGUGAGCACGGUGGGUUUGUGAAUCAUGUGGAUUUUCAUCCCAGUGGUACGUGCAUUGCUGCAGCUGGUACAGAUAACACAGUGAAGGUGUGGGAUGUUAGGAUGAAUAGACUCCUCCAGCAUUAUCAAGUGCACAGUGCUGUGGUAAAUUGUCUUUCCUUUCACCCCUCUGGAAACUACCUCAUUACUGCCUCCAAUGAUUCAACCCUUAAAAUUCUGGAUUUACUAGAAGGAAGGCUGCUGUAUACUCUUCAUGGUCAUCAGGGGCCAGCUACCUGUGUUGCCUUCUCAAGAACUGGGGACUUUUUUGCUUCUGGAGGGUCAGAUGAACAGGUGAUGGUAUGGAAAACUAACGUUGAUGCUGCUGAUUAUGGAAAUGUAUUGAAAACUCAGAAGUAUGCCACUAAUGUACCAGGAACUCUUCACAAUCUGAGACAGUGGAGACUUCUUUGCUCGACUGGACAGAGGAGGAGGGGGAAGCAACACUUCCAAGGAAAGCAGCAUAACCUACCUAUGAAAGUCGCUGCAUUCCAAAAGUAUUAAUCCAGUGAAAAUUGCAUAUACUGGAGUGAAGCAUAAGUAGAUGCAUAGUGAAGUUUUAAUGUGAGGCCUUGUGACAGGGAAACUUUUAAGAAAAAUAUUACACCAUUGCACCAUGUGGGAAGAACUGUGGGAGCACUGGCAUGGUAUUUAACCACAGUGUCUUCUAUACUUGCUGUGACCAUGGUUAGAAGACAUCUUGGUUAAAAACACUCAGGUGCCUUUCCAUGCUAGCACUACUGCUGGUGGAACUGCAUGGGGAUUAGCAAGAGUGGAAGUUAAGAAAAACACUAGUUGACGCAGUCUGAGAAUGGAUAGUCCAUUAAAACAAUUCAGGACUUCCAUGCCACAUCACUGUGAUCUCAGCCACAGUAGAAAUUCUGCUGUAUCAUGGGAAUUGGUUAAAAUAUGUUCUAGCGUUGCCAUGUGGAUGAGAGACAGUUCUGAUCCUCAGCAGAACAGUGGACCUUAGGAUAAAUCUUGGCCCCAUUGAAAUCAGUAGCAAAACCCCCUUGAUUACAGUGGUUACAGGAUUGCACUCAUGAUCUUCAGGGUUGUCACUGUUCUUACCAUGCGUAUAAAAAUCAUACUGUGAACAGGUGAAUUGCAACAUGGUUAUAAAUAUAGUGAAGGCAGGACCUACACGAGUGGAUUUAUCAGUGGAUUUGCUACACAUAAUCAAAAUUAUGGUCUUGUCCUUUUUUGUUUCAAAAUAAAAACGCUCAACAGCCUCAAUUUUCAGUAUCCUGAUAUAUUGGGUUAUGAAGAAUAUUUCAUUUUAAGAAUCCAUAGUUCUCCUAUUACAGGUUGGACUGUAAGAGGAUGAGAUAAACACCUUUUUCCUUGCGAAGAGCCCAAGCACUGAUUUAAAUUCCAUAGGUUGUCUAGCUUUAAAAUUGAUGUGAAAUGGUCUGUAAAGCAUAGCAGGUAUGGUUGUUGAAAAGAGGUUAAUGAUUCUGGAGGUGGUUUGAUUUAUUAUUUUAAGCGAUUGUAAAUAGCUUGAACACGGAGCCGUAGUUUCCAUAACAUUGCACUUGCACAUCAGUUUGAUGACUUCUUAUCCAUAAAUGCUAUUUUUGGAUAAUACUCUCUUUUAAAGGUAGAAUCUGUUUUUGUUUUUUAAAACACUUUCUUAUAACUCCAGUUUGUUGCAAGCAUUAAAACUGAGAUAUGUUCAGCCUUCUUUAUAUAUAAGGGCUGUGUUUUGUCUCAGGCAAGCUAGAGUGGUUUAAAAACAAGAUAUUUCUGCAGAUAAAUUUUGUUAUGAUUUUGAGAGCUUAUAGUUUCCUUCCUCCCCUUAUCCUUGUGCUCAACCCACCUCUCAAAAAAUUUACAAAAUCAAACUUUAAAACUGCAGUUUUUGUUUUUCUUGUAAGUAGCUUUUGAUUUCCUGAUUUAAGAACAAUAACUUCACCCACUAAAAAGGGAAGCUGCUUAAUCUUUUCCAGCACUGCUGCAUGACUAUACUAAAAAUUUUGUUUUUUUAAAAAAGGCUGUCUGCAGAAUCCUUUAACUUUGUUACUGAGAUAUCCCUUCAAGGGCUAUUGUCAAUUAUUCCUUACCAACACUGCGGAUACACUUAGGCAUUAUACUUCAGUACUUCCUGCGUCAUUUUGCCUUUCACCUAAAUCAAUAAAUGUUUGUGCUACAAAGUCCUGCUACUUUAUUAAUCAUUGUAUACUGACCAAAGUAGAGGUAAUGUAAACAAAAAUAGAACAUGUAAUGCCAGAUACCUCUUCUGACAGCCUCCUUGAGAGAGGAGAAGCAGGUUAGCACAAGUGAUGGAUAUAAGAAGAAAUGAGUGAUUGCGUGUUAAGUUAUACAUGACUCUUCUAUCUUCUGACUACUCUUUGCAACAGACUACUUGAGAUCAAACUGGCAUGACAUUGCAUCAAGGUGGUGGACACAAAACAGAGCUUGAUCUAAAAAUGACUUCCCUUCUGAUCCUGGGAGUGGGGGGGGGAAUAAAAUUGCUGCAUCCUUUAUAAGAGAUCAGCUAGUUGAACCAGACUUUAGGGACGUUGGCUAUAAAGGAAGGAUGGGCUCCACCUAAAUCAAAAUGUAACCUGAUUGCCGGCAUGUAAAAUUAAAAAGGUUGUAGAGGAUUUUUUAAACUAAGGACUGGGGAAAAGCCAACAGGUGCAGAUGAGCACAUGGUUCAGACAGACACAUCCCUGAGUGGAGGAUCUAUUAAUGGGGAUUUUCUAUAUUCUAGCAUAAAGGAGAGGGUAGAAUUUGAUAAAGUA